AUGCACGGCGGGUACAUGCACUCCAAGCUGCAGAUCCUGAAAUAUGAAGGGCUCGAAAGCACGCGUCCGACCGCACCCCCGGCCGAGACCCUGUUUGGAACUGAGCUGCGGCGUUUCCUGCGAGCUCUUGGCCUCGACGAGAAGCUAGUGAAGAGUCUCGACAAUUAUAACUUCUCCGAAACAAGCCGCUACGGUUUCAUUCACUCUAUCACACAGGCCAGUCUACCCGCGGUCGCCCGGGACGCGAGGGCUUGA